GCCAGCCAACAGCAGCAGACAGUGUUCAGUUACUUUGGUUUCUUUCGGUCGUUUUGGUGUGUUCUUUUCGGUCGCGAGUGCUCAAAGCGUGGAAAAAGAAAAAUCGGCUUUUUUCAAUCAUAUUCUUUAAUGUGCAAAAGUAGGCUGCAUAUAUACAUCGCGAAUAUAGUGAAAGCAGUGUAGAAAAUCAUUAAAGUGUCCCGUUGGUGUGUCUUGCCGUCGAAAUUUCGCAUUGACAGUCCCGUCUACACCAGCCGGAAUCGCUUCUGGAUGGCGAAAAAAUUGCGAUAACCUACUGACUUGCAUCAGAUCGAAAUAGACCCGUCGCUGUAUCAGAACUGUGCGUCUAUGUAGAAGAGGAAAGCGUUGUUGCGGAAGAAGCUAAUGGUCUAUAGUAAAUCCCUGAUUGUGGGUACGGAGAAUGCUGCUCUGCUUUGUCGCCAAUACGGACGCGUGCUUUAGUCUAAUGCGAACAGCGACGGAAUCAACGAGCGGAAUCGAACGAGACGUAAAUCGAACGGCACAUUAUCAACACCUUAGCAGUAGUCAUUGUAGUUGGUGCCAGCUGUAGACGAGUACUUUGUAAGGAUGUACUAAGUUGGGGUAAUCUUCUAACCGUUAUCGUGAAGCAAUUUUCAGAAGCGCUUGUUGAGUCAGGUGUGAACGACAUACACAGACAAUUCAGACACAGGCUUUCCUAGCUCUCCACAAACGGCGAUUGGACUUUAGUCGCUGAUCAGCCGAGCAUUAUCACUGCGGUAUUUCGGUCGACGUCAGCAGCGAUGCCCUCUUGUACUGGCUUAAUCAAUGUGAUCAAAUACCCAAGGGCACUGUUCCGAACGGUGUUUGUGUUGGUGAACAAUGUCUACUGCGUCCCGACGUAUCUGAUAUGGAUGUUACUGUUAUUACCGUUAAAAAAGAUCCACGAAAAUUACUACUUUCGGAUCGAAGGAGUCCUUUUCCACUGGUUGCUGGCGAACGUCACCAUGUGGUCUAGCUCAGCAGGAUAUGAUUUGGUUGAAGUAGGUGAUGACAUCACUCCGGCGUUGGAUGAGCGCACGCUGGUGAUAGCGAACCACCAGAGUACAUCCGAUGUGCCCAUGCUGAUGGCGGCUUUUAACGCAAAGAAGAACGUGCUGCCAAACAUUAUGUGGAUAAUGGAUCGAUUGUUCAAAUACACAAACUUUGGCGCCGUUAGUUUGAUCCAUCAAGAUUUCUUCAUCUCUUCAGGCAAAUCAAACAGAGACAAAUCACUUUUGGAGCUGAAGAAGCAUCUUAAACAAUCAUACAUUCCACGCAAACGAAAAUGGAUGAUGCUCUUCCCAGAGGGAGGAUUCCUGCGAAAAAGGAAAGAAGUGAGCCAAAGAUUUGCAGAGAAAAAUAACCUACCAGUAUUAAACCAUGUGACCGUUCCUCGGGUCGGUGCUAUGAAGGCUAUCAUCGAUGUGCUCGGUUCACCGGAUUCGCCUUGUCGGAUGAGUAACACAAACUCCACCGGCUCGACGGUUGUAAUAGAAGACCAAUUUGAAGAGACUGCAGGUUUGACCACGGCGGUAGACCAGCAGAAACCAAAGGAAGAUGGUGCAAAUAAUAACAGCAGUACCAUAAUCAAUAGUGAAGCAAUAAUUACCGAUGACUGUGAUAAUUUUAAGGACUCACCAUUCACCAAGCUGAACGGAAAACUGAACGACUGUUUAGAAUACAUUCUGGACAUUACCAUCGGAUAUCCCAAUGGGAAACCGCUAGAUUUACCAAACAUUGUGCACGGGCUUAGGAAUCCGUGUCAGACUUAUUUAUUCUAUAGGUUAUAUCAUAGCUCGGAGGUUCCCCGGGACAGCGAAUCUCUCACACAGUGGCUGUACGAUCGGUUCUUCGAGAAGGAGAAACUGCUGGAGGAGUUCUACCGGACCGGAAUGUUCCCGUGUGGCUCAACGGGAAUCGUGGUACAUCAGGAUCUGCUACGUUUUUUGCUGAUUCAUUUGUUCUUCAUUACCUCCUCCUACGUUCACUACCAGCUAAUACUGAUGUUGAUCAAUUACUCGAAUGUCAUGUACGUGUAUCUGCUUAGCAACAGUUAAGUCGAUAUAUUUAAGUAGAUGUUUAAAAAAAAUGGAAUCAAAGACUAACAUGUUAGUAACUGAAACUGGUCACAACACAGAGGCAAAGCACAAGUUCUGAAUUUUUGAGCUUGCUCAGAAACAGAAACAGUCAGCACAAGGGAAAAUAUGUAAGACAAAAACAAGUAAUCUUAUGAAAACAACAGGCACACAUAAAGACACGAUUCCAGAAUCUUGGAAGCAGCUGCAAAGUAUUUGAUUAAUAAUAUAGGUACCUAAUUUUCCAACAAUCCUUCAAUGUGCAAACCCAAACGAAAUUGUUCAUUCACACAAAACAAGUUCUUAGAGUUAGCGUGUGAAUUCAACAAACGGUUUUUUUACACUCGUGUGGGCAGCAUAACUUAUUAGAUACUAUAGGAAAGGUAAAAAUGCAAACGUCAUUUGCUUGGACGAAGUCGCGCAAUUUGGUAUGAUAAACGGAACACAAUGGCAUAGUUUCUAAGGUACAUUUAUAGGAUAUAUGACAAAAGACGAUUGAUUGUCGCCCAAAUAAGCUGUUGCAAACAGUGCUGAAACGCUAAUACCUAGUUUUUAUUCAAAUAAUACAUUGUAAAUAUAUUUUAAAUUUGUUUACCUUCUACAACUCAAUCGGAUCGAUCGAUAUAAAACAUAAAACAGAUAAUGAUACUUAUAGCAAACAGGAAGCUUAUCUCUUGGCUUGUUUAUAUAUGUGUGAGUGUGUUUGAUUUGUAUGCGUAUGAUUCAGGGGAAGGGGGUUGUGGAAUUUGACGAUGUUAGUCUCGCACAUUGCAGGAAAGGAAGUUUGACCAAAGGCAGACACAAUUGGAAAGGCAAAUGAAGCAAUUGUUCGGCAGAGUUUUUUUGUUCAGGUUAGUUUUUCCCUAGCGCCGUUAGUAAUUUAAGCCACAGUUAUCGAAUAAGAAAUGUUCCUUUUCGUUUGCUUUAAGAAAGUAAAUAAACCUGGACAAUGAAUCCUUACUUCA